UGAAUCGGCGGCCGCUCCAUUAACUCCCAAACGCCACCGCCCCUCUAAAAUCGGCGGGCUCGGCCGGUGCCUCCGGCCCUCAAUUGACCAUAUCUCUUUCAUCCUUCCGCUCCCUGCGCCGGUGGAGGAUGCCGCCAAGGGGAAGAGGUCGUUCCGGUUCGCGAACGGGAGGAGGACGUUCCGGUUCCGGCCCUUCGGACUCCAAACCGGCAGGCUCGCGCCGGAUUAUGCGAGAACACCGGUCUUCUGUCAAAGGCAUUUCAGGAUCCAAGAGUAAGGCAAAUGAAGGUGCUAGUCGGAGUGUUCGUCGUAGUGUUUCAUCAUCAUCAUCUUCUUCUUCUUCACUACCUACAGAAGCAGGCAGUGACAGUGACACUGACAUUAGUUUUGGCAAUUUCUUUAACGCUGAACUUCACAUUAGCUCUGACUAUGGCGAGAGUGACGAUAGUGAUGGUCAAGUUGGAGUCUUCCAACAUAAUGAGGUGGGAAAAAACUUUGCCUCUACAGUUGACAGUUUGCCGUGUCAUGGGUUAAUGUUGCUGCUGUUUGAGACGCCCUCUGGCUUCGCACUUUACAUGUUUUAUGGGGUUUCCUGCUACCUAGAUAGUGCUUUGGAUAAUCUCUGGUUAGAUUUUGCAGACCCUUUCCUGGCAAGUAUGGUGGUUCGUCUGAAGGGAUUUCUAUCUUUUGAGGACAAAUCCAGCACCAUCAAUGCUGAUGGUAUUGACAACCAGCUUGUUGCUCUGAUCAACGAGUGGCACCGCCCUGGGAUGACGUUGUGUGUUGGAAAGCCUGAAUAUAAAGCGAUCAUUGAAUCAGUGUUGAAAAUACCCUGCCUGUGCUGUCAAGCUGUGUUGGAGAUAAUGUGGCAUACAACAGCAAAUGCGCAUAUUAGUGCCUUUAGAACUACAAUCAAAGCUGACUAAAGAGGACCGCUUACCAACGAGUCAAGGACUAAUGAAGUUCCUGCGUAAUUGUGGAUUUGAUGUCAAACCAGAGAUGGUGAGUUCACUAGUUGGACUUGACAUGCUUUCUGAUUUAUAGUUCCCUGCUAUUUAGUAUUACUUUAUACUACGUAGCUUGUGUGCUCUGGACUUGGAAACCUUUAUCUCACGGACCAAUGUUUGGGAUUCAAGCUUUCAUAGAAAGACUUGCCUUCUGUAUCCAGGUCAAUGAUAAGAUUUUUAUCACGGCAUUCACCUUGUUUCGUUGUGAUGCUGAUGACAAGAGGAAUUUAGCAAUCUUGCGUGAUGCUGGUCUCUACAUUAGAGAUAUUUCUGGCAUUGCUUGUGAGGAUUGGGAGAUACUGAAGCUUGCAAUAGCUGUCAAGGUGAUAUGUCGCCCUAAAGAAGAACUCACAGAUUUUCAUGAGGUUCUUGCAGAAGAUGUGUUGUCAAAGUUGAAAGGUGAUGCACCUAAAUAUAAAGGUGUCGCAGUUAAGGUCAAUUGGCUGAGUACCUACAUAGCAGUUGCGUUUAACCAUCUUCUAAGGAUUGAGAAGAAGGAAAUGUUGGGGUCCUUGGUUCGGAAAGCUAAGAAAGCAUAUGAAGCAGAACAAGCGGAAGUAUGUCAGAAGGUUAAGUUGCUUGGAGAGUCGCAGCAAAUUUUCGGUGGGGCGGUAAGGCGCAGUCCAAGGCUGAAACGAAAGUUGUAUGAGAACAGUGGUGAGGGUACUCCCUAUAAGCGACAUAAGUACUGAUGCACCCGUGGGAGUCCUCUGGCAAUGGAUGAUUAAAAUGCUGGGCAGCCUACCAUCUAGGUCGGUUCGUGGUGAUGCCCCAUGAUGAUCGUGGCAUGAUAUCUUUUAGCAGAAGCUUUUGGGUUGUUUUAUGAUGUAAGACCUAUAUUUUACCUUCAACGCUAUUCUUUGAUCGCUAUCCAGUUUUUUUCUAAGUUCUAAUUGAGGAUGCACUUUAAACAUUGGUUUGCUUGGCUUAGUUAAAAAAAAUUAUGUCCUCGUUGUAUUAGC